AUGGAAAGUAGAAAAACUUUUGAUUCCAUUCCAGAUGAUCUCUUUGUGGAGAUAGCAUUGAGAUUGUCUUCAAAGUCAAUCGCUCGGUGUCGUUGCGUGUCGAAGCUAUGGGCGUCCAUACUUUACCGUCAAGAUUUCACCGAGUUGUUCAUAACGAAGUCAUCCGCUCGUCCACGUCUUUUAUUUGCGGUCUUAAAAGCAAGUGGUUUGAUAUUCUACUCUUCGCCUCAGUCUCAGAAUCCGUCCCUUGAAGUAGAUUUUCAUAAUCAUAUGAAGUUCCAUGAAGACAUGAACCUAUACAUGUGUAGCUAUGUCUCUGGGUUUGAUCCGAUUGGCAAGCAACAUAAGGUUUUGUGCAUGAACAAGAGACUCAAUAAAGAAUGGGUUCAUUAUAUUCUGACAUUAGGAACUGAAAAUUUGAAGUGGAGGAAGAUGAUAUGUCCCUUAACCCAUGAACCUUAUUAUGGUAGAGCCUUAUCCAUCAAUGGGGUUUUGUAUUACUUUGCUAGGACAUCGUGUUUUCUAGUAGUUUCCUUUAAUGUUAGGUCUGAGAAAUUCAAGUUUCUUGAUGGAAAAGACUUCUCUAAUUUUCAUAGAGAAUUUAUAAACUACAAGGGUAAAUUAGGUGUGACUAAAUUGGAGUGUGAUGCUGGUGAUGGACAUCCCCGUGAGUUGUGUGUGUGGGUUCUAGAGGAUGUUGAGAAACAGGAAUGGUCACAGUAUAUCUACUCCUUGCCGAAGAUUAAGGUCAAUCGGAUUAGAAACGACAAUAUUUUCGCAAUGUUUUUGCCUUUGACUAUAUAG